UUAAUAUUUUUUUUUUUUUGGAUCGAUAUACGGUUUCUGCAUCAGAGCCUCAUCUACCAUGGCCACUGCAGUCUCCCAAGCUGCUCCUAGCAGCACCUCCUUCAAGGACAAGGAGAAGCCUAUGGCGGUGCGGACGUCCAACAUUCUAGCAGCUAGAGCUGUGGCCGAUGCCAUCAGAACGUCAUUGGGACCCAGGGGAAUGGACAAGAUGAUCCAAACACCCAAAGGCAACACAAUCAUUACCAACGAUGGAAACACAAUGUUGAAGGAUAUGAGCGUUAUGCACCCAGCUGCCCGCAUGCUGGUCGAUCUGAGUGCUGCCCAGGAUGUUGAGGCCGGUGACGGAACAACCUCUGUGGUCGUGAUUGCAGGAAGCCUGUUGGGUGCUGCGGAGCGCCUGCUCGCCAAGGGUAUUCACCCCACGGUCAUCUCUGAGUCCUUCCAAAGAGCCGCUGCUGCAGCGGUCGAGAUCCUCCACAACAUUUCCCGUCCGAUCAACCUUACGGACCGCAACACCCUGCUCCAGGCCGCAUCCACCUCCCUUUCCUCCAAGAUUGUCUCGCAGCACUCUAGCCUUCUUGGUCCGAUGGCCGUUGACUCGGUGCUCAAAGUUGUCGACCCCAAGACUGCCGAAAAUGUGGAUCUUAGGAAUAUCCGUAUUGUGAAGAAGGUUGGCGGAACAAUUGAAGAUAGUGAGAUGAUUGAUGGUUUGGUGUUGAACCAGUCCGUUAUCAAGAGCAGCGGUGGUCCCACAAGAAUUGAGAAGGCCCGGAUAGGUCUAAUCCAAUUCCAGCUCAGCCCCCCUAAGCCUGAUAUGGAGAACCAGAUUGUUGUGAACGACUACCGCCAGAUGGACAAGAUCCUGAAGGAGGAGCGCCAAUAUCUCCUCAACAUGGUGAAGAAGAUCCAGAAGACAAAGUGCAACGUCCUUUUGAUCCAGAAGUCUAUUCUCCGUGACGCAGUGAACGAUCUUUCCCUCCAUUUCCUUUCUCGGCUUAAAAUUUUGGCCGUCAAGGACAUUGAGCGUGACGAGGUUGAGUUCCUGUGCAAGAGUCUGGGCUGCAAGCCUGUUGCGAACAUUGACUCUUUCACCGAGGAUAAGUUGGGUACCGCUGACGUUGUGGAGGAGGUUCAGGCCUCUGGGGCUCGCUACGUGAAGAUCACCGGCAUCAAGGCCCCCGCUAAUGCUGCCAACCAAACCGUUUCGAUUGUCGCUCGCGGCGCCAACAGUCUCAUCCUCGAUGAAGCAGAGCGUUCGCUGCACGAUGCUCUGUGUGUUAUCCGUUGCCUUGUGAAGAAGCGUGCUCUCAUUGCUGGUGGUGGAGCUCCCGAAAUCGAAGUCGCCCACUCUCUUGCCAUGCGUGCUCGUGAACUCACGGGCACGGAGGCGAUCUGCUGGAAGGCCUUUGCGGAAGCCAUGGAAGUGAUCCCCACCACUCUUGCCGAGAACGCUGGCCUGAACUCGAUCAAGGUCGUCACAGAACUCCGACACCGUCACGCCCAGGGCCAGCACAACGCUGGAGUCAGCAUCCGUAGCGGCGGUGUGAAGGACGAUAUCACCGAGGAGAAUAUCCUGCAACCCCUCCUGGUUAGCACCAGCGCCAUUGAGCUUGCCGCUGAGACAGUGAAGAUGAUCAUGAGAAUUGACGACAUUGCGUUGUCGAGGUAGACGACGACCAUGUCGUAUAGAAAAGUGUUGUAUGAUGACAAAUAAUACUUCAAAACAGACGAUCUCUUAGCAGUAUUGAGCAUAGAAUAAAGAUUCUGAUAGUAAAGGUGCAAGGAACCCUCCUAGAUGAAUGGAUGGGACAUCAGAAAGUGUAGUUCUUCAUCAGGGACCUUGCCUUGCAUAAUAGAGAUUAUUUAUACUUCCGUGUAAGAAUCUUCCUUGGUUCGAAUCAGGCGCAUUCAUCCCAAACUACAUAAGAGUC